AGUCGGCUUUUAAUGACUUCGAUCUCGGUUGCAGCUGGUAAAGGUACUGGAGGAAGGUCUGACGACCACAUGUUGCAAAGGCCAUACCAAAUGCAAAUUAUAUGCUGUAUUAAAAUCAUUCAUCAUGACUUGGAAAAGACUAACAGAACUAGCUUGGAAGAAGGGAUACCGGUACGGUGCGAAUGAGUGAUAAACACUAGCGGAUAGCAGAAGUCGAACUUGAAAUAUCCUGCGUAAACGGACACAAUGCCUAAUUUUGACGGAGUGUUGAAGGAGUUCCGGAUUCUUCUUCCUAUGACAGUAGAAGAGUACCAGAUUGGUCAGCUUUAUUCAGUAGCAGAGGCGAGUAAGGAGGUAACAGGUGGAGGAGAUGGAGUGGAGGUGUUAGUAAAUGAACCUUAUGAAAGAGACGUAACAGAUGCUUCAGGCAAUACGACAAAAGAGAAAGGACAGUUUACACACAAGAUAUAUCAUCUAGCAUCAAAAGUGCCAUCAUUUAUAAGAUUAUUGGCCCCCAAAGGGUCUCUAGAAGUGGUUGAGAAGGCGCACAAUGCAUACCCAUAUUGCUGUACUAUAAUAUCAAAUCCAGGCUACAUGAAGGACAACUUCGAAUUAAGUAUCAAGACAUGGCACAAACAGGAUAAUGGCACACAGGAAAAUGUUCACAAUCUAUCACCUGAGUUUUUAAAACACAGGAAAGUUGUACACAUUGAUAUCGCGAAUGACCCAAUCAGUUCUGGCGAUUACAAGGAGAGUGAAGACCCUACCAAAGUUCACUCGGUCAAGACUGGGCGAGGACCUCUGAAGAGAGAUUGGAAUGAUCUGAACAAAGAACAGAAGACACCAAUUAUGUGCUGCUACAAACUAGUGCACAUCAGAUUUAAGUGGUGGGGUUUGCAAAACAGAGUAGAGAGUUUUGUUAUAAGACAAGAACAUAGAUUAUUCACACUUUUCCAUCGACAAGUUUUCUGUUGGUUAGACAAGUACCAUGGUAUGACGAUUGAUGACAUACGAGCACUAGAGGAUAAAACCAAACAAGAUCUUGAUAAAGAAAGGAAGGAGGGUGAAGUAAGAGGAUUCUCAGCCGAAAAGGAUGACACUAAGGAUUCUAAGUAAAGAAUGCAGUACAAGUGUGUGUGAUAUAUGUCAAAUCAAUCAUGUCAAAGAUAGUCCUGCCUUCCACUUUUCAUAACCGGAGUGUAAAGGCCUUGUAUCUUAAUGUUCAUUUUCUUUGAAAAUCACUGUUCUGCGGACUAGAUGAUUAAUGGAGUGAUGACUAGUUCAAAUCCAAGCUUGUGAUGUGACAGAAGUACUGAUUCCUGUCUAAAAAAAAGGAAGAGUAUUCCAUGAGAUAAGGUGUAAUGGCAGCCUUAUGUUGUCACACUCUCUAUGACUGGUAGAACGAGACGCCCCAAAUAAGCCCUGUUUUAAAAAUGAGAUUCAACUUUCUGUAAUUCACAUCUUGACUUAUAACAACUCGACAUUCGAAUACUUGUUCAGAAUGAGUAUCUUUAUCUAAAAAGAUCACAUUUUCAACUUCAUUUAGCACGAGAAAGGAUAAGUCACUUAUUGUUCGUAAAUUUAUGCAUAACGUGGGAACAGUAUAUGAAAGACCACCCAAGACAUUGACUUGUUUUUAGAUGCAAGUUGUUGUCAUCCCAGCAGUUUUUUAUUUAUUCAGGAAGCUCUUACAGGAAAGAGAUAAAGAAUUCUAACUGAAAUCCUCUAUACUCGUAAGCUUUUUACUCUAGAGGGUGAUAUUUCCACACACACUCAACAAGACAGCAAAUAUGAAACAAGGAAAAAAUACUUUCUUUCAGCUUUUGCAGUAGAUGUACAGCUGAGCACAUCCAGAAAUUAACUUAGUAGAAUUCUUUUUUAAUUUUUUUUUAUUUAUUUAAUGACAUCCUAAUAUCCUCAUGUCCUAAUCUACAAAGGUGGCAUUGUGUUUACUUUUUUUUUGUCUGAUCUGCUUGUACUUCCUUAUUUGAAAACUAUUGUCAUAAUUUUUUGCAAUGACUUGACUGAUAGUGUUACAAUUGGAAAUGGAGGUGUCUUUGCCUGCAUGAUGUGCUGAAUAAGGAAUAAAGAUGAUGCAAUUGAUAAAAGAUUAUUUUACUGAUAAUUGAUACCUGUAACACUGCUCAAUUUAGAAUUGAAAUAUUAUUGAAUUCUAAUGCUCCAAUUUAUAUGUAACACUUUGAAGUGUACGAGGUUUUUAGUAGUGUAAGAAGGGGGAAAAAACAAAAUUGAAUUUCAUGCUCGGCUUAUAUACAAUAUUUUUGAAAUUAUUGAAGGGCUGUCAACCAAAUUUUCACAUCACCUACCCUUCAAUAAUGAUCUUGCCAUAUAAAUAUUCUACUACAAGUAAGGUUAUCAGUCCUUUACAAAAGAAUGGUAACUGCAUAUCUCCUUGCAUAUAAACCCAAUGAUAACUGAUGGUAUCAGUUUUAACACACAUAUAAUAUAUAUAAUGUAUUGUGUGAUAUAUAUGUAUGAAGAAAUUUAACAAGCGAAACCCAUAAAAUAGUUGGCAAUUUCUUCCAAAUUGAGGAAAGAUAAUUGAAAUAAUAAUUUGUGGGAAGUGAAUAUAUAUGUCUGCCUGUCCUAUCAAUGAGAUGCAUAGGAAUGUCAAUUAAAGUAACCUCUCUUUCAUUUUAUGUAGUGCUGCAGUUCAUUAAUCUUGUGAAAACUGAACAAUUUGGUUGUGUAAUUUAAUGAAAUAAAAUUUUGGGAGCCAACUUCCCUUCCAGGUUGUGGGUGUUAUCUAUGGAAAUAUAUUAGAAUCACAUCAUUUGAACCAACCUUAUUUGUAGAGUGCAGCUUAGAUACCUAAUACAUAUAUUGCAUUUAUAUUAAUUGGUGAACUUUAUCAUUCAGUCAGCCAUUGUUCUGUUUAGUUCUGUUUUCAUAAAUUUAUAUCAAGACAUUAUCUGUAAAUUCCGGCAGGGAAGCAGAAUUAUAGCUGUUUAUGGUAUAGGGGAAAAGUCAGGCAUUAUUUAUUUGAAUAUAUAGAAGUCGUCAAUGUAUGCACAGUGUAUGUCCUAUACUAGAUAAAGUGUUCAGUUCCUACCUUAUUAGGCAGCAUGGGCUAUUAAAAAAGUCCACAGUCUGUGCCGUAUCUUUUAGCAAGAAUCCUGCUAUAAGAAUGCUAUGCAUUAUUUCAUUGCAGCUUUCCUGCAGUAACCAUUGUUUUAUCGGUAAAUUGCCAAUUUGUCUACUGCCAACUCGUCCAAUCACCACAUGGUCUACUUUCAUUUAGUCUAUUGCCAUUCCGUCCAUCAACAUUUCGUCUAACAACCAUUUGGUCCGAUCAUCCUUUGUCUAAUCACCAUUUCGUCUAUGACCAUUUCGUCUCGUAACCAGUUGGUCUAAUGUUCAUUUCAUUUUCAUUCAUUUUGCACAAUUUAACACUUUGUUUAAUUAGACCAAAUGGUAUAUAGACUAAAUGGCCAUUAGACCAACUGGUUAUUAGACGGAAUGGCAUUAGACUAAAUGAAAGUAGACCAUUUGGUGAGUGGAUGAACUGAUGGUUGACCAAAUGAUAGUAGACGAGUUGGCAAUUGGACGAAUUAGCAUUAGACGAAUUGGAAAUGAACCAUUUUAUCCAUGGUGACUGAUGAUGUGUAUGAUGAAAGGCUGCUUGCAGGAUUACUGCGGGAAAGAUGAGGCUCUGAAUUUUUUAGAAGGUACCUAAGACAGUAGUAUAAUCCAUCUCAUCUUUGUAUGCAUAUCAAUUCAUAUAGAUAAGUUAUCCUAAAAAGGUGUUUUGAUUCCGAAAUAUUGACUGACCUGUCGUCUAUCAUUUUGAAUAUAUUGAUAAAUGUUGUCUUCUGUUGUUGAUGGAAGUGCUGUUAAGUUAAAUGUUGGGAGAAUGUGUAAGAUCAAUUGAUGGCUAAUGCUUAACUGCCCUUAGAACAUUUUACCUAUUUCACGGACCGUUCCAGGGGGAUAUCAGCCGACGGAAACAAUUUGAGAUAAACACAUCUUGUUUCCUUUUAUUCAAAGAUGUUAAAAAUGUCAUUGUAAAUUAAAAUCUGUGCAAGUAUAGGCAUCCAGUCGAAAAAGAAUUUAAGAUUCUGUAGUUAAUGAAUUCUUCAUUAUGAAGCUGUUAAUAAGAGAAAUAUGCUGUGUAUCAUUGUAUGAGGUGUAAUGUUUCUUGAAAUCCUAUAUUGAAUUUGAUAAUUAUGAUAUAAUAUUAUCUCAUAUACUUGUAUGAUUAUGUGAGAUAAUCAUUUAGAUUGGCAAUCAUGGUAGUGAUGUACAUUCCUGGUUAAUACUUCUUUAUUACCAGAAAGUGCUUAUUAGCUGGAAAUCUACAUUGUUCAGUCAGGUUGCCCUUUUUAAGCUUUCUUUUUUUUUUUCCUUUUUUUUUAAGUUUGUUUUGUGUUAUGUGUGUAAAUGAAUGAUCUCUUCUAAGUUAAAUAUGGCAAUAAUAUAGAUAGGAUGAUAAUGUAUUUAGAAAAUUGGCAAUUUUUGUUUCUUUUUCCCCCAUUAACUUUUUGAUAUAUGAAACUGUGUUAUCCAGAAUAAGCAGACUUAUAAUGUGUACACCUCUCCCUGUUUUCACAAAGUUGCAAGUCCUGAUAUCAAUCUAUUUAAUGCAUAGUGACUUUGGUUUUUGUUCGGACUUUAAAAGCCUAUUCCAAUCAUUAUUCUUGGUUUAUUUGAAUUGUGAUGCUAUUAUUAUAGUUACAAAUUAUGCAUUGUUAUGGUCCAAAUGAUCACGAGCCUCUAUUAAUGUUGUUAGUGAAAAAUCAACAAUCAAGCAAAAACGAAACAAGAACACUGAAAUUGAAGUGAGAGGUGUUUUGCUCUCUACCAUCACUUUGUGAAAAGGGGAGAUUUGUACAUACAUUUCAUAGUACUAGGAUCAGGUAGCUCACUAUAUCUUGUUAUAAAUUGCCUUUCCAUUUAUCUGUGAUACGAUAAAUUUUUCAGCUAUGAUAAGUGUAUAGUGUACAUGUAGAUUUAAGAAAUGGCAGGUGGUUAAAAUGACUACAAUCUGCAAGAAGGUCAUAUUUUUUGCUAUUGACUGCCUGUACAUGAGCUUGAUAUUUUUUCACAACUGAACAGAAGUGACUGAGCACUGAGCGCAGUCUUUCUGUUUAAGUCCCUCUUAUAUAUUUCCCAUGUCAGGAUCCAUAACCAUUGGGGAACGCUGGAAAGAUGCUUAGUGUGAUUCAUGCUGAAAGUUGUAAGCUGCAGUCUUAACCUGUGGAAUGCAUUUUAAAAUCAGUAUCAUACCAUCUUCUGUAGACCCUAGCCAGAGUUUCUCUUGCUUACGGCUUAUGGGAUAAGAAUGCAAAGUGUGAAAUUGACCUUCACAAUGCACACCAAUGAGCUUUGUAAAAUUUUGUUAAUUGAACUCUUAUAAUGAAGGUCACAAAGUAACGAAACCUAUCAGAAUACCAUCAAUUAACUGCAGUCAUCUCUGUUAUUAGGGAAUAGCAUUAGUGUACCUGUUGAGUAUAGAAAUAUGACUUUAUUAUUGAUCAUGUAAUAUUGAAAGGGUGUACGUGGAUGAAUUUGUUUCAAACAUUUGUCUGUGGCAAUGGGUUAUUCUUGUGACAUCACAAUUUAAAAUUACUCCUGGAAUGUCUUUCAGUUCGUUGCAUUAGUAUGCCCGUAGCUCUUUGCCGUUACUAUAAUAAAAGUUGCAGAAUGACAUGUUGUCAGUGUUGAUGAGCUUUAUGAAAUGUUUCCCCAUGGCCCUGUUAAUAUAAAGCUUAAUGAUUUAUCGUAGGGUCGAUCUUUACCAUUGAAUGUAUUGAUCAUUAUAUUCAAUCAGUUGCACAAAUCAUCUUUAUGAUCGAUUUUCUAGGCUUUGUAUCAUGUUUCCUGGUUGUGUACUUUGAUAGGCAAGGAAACCACUGUAAUUUUAUUAUUUGCAAACAGUCUACCAGAGUACUAAAAUCAAAAUGCUGUUGAAAUCGAUAUGAAUACUAGUGAUUUGUCUGACUAGUGGCUGUCCAUUGGUGGAUUACCAUUGAAAUUGGUUUUAAGUAGUAGACAUUUGGGAAUAUAGGCCAUAGUAAAAAAAAAAAUUUUUUUGGGGGGGAGAUGAUAUUAAAGGAAAAGGAAACCCUUGAAACAAGUUGAAUUCAUAUCAAAGUGAUGAAUCAAAGAAACAGAUCAAUAAAAGUUUGGGGAAGAUUGAAUGAAUAACAACAAAGUUAUGAGCAUUUCAGUUUUGAGAUCACUUAUUAAAUCUCUAAUUGCCAAUGCAACCAAGAUCAGGAUGUCACUCACAUACAAUUUCCAGAUUACUUAAGUACACAUUUCACUUACAUUUUUUUUAUUUGGUCUAUCUCAAGAUCAGGUUUUCUUUUAUUAGAGAAUAUGUGCUAGAGGUUCUGCAACAUUAUUUCACAAAUGAACUGUUUGUAAUAUCAGAACAGUGUCCAAAUUGCCAAUGAGAGGAUCCCUAUAGCAUUAGUGAUCUUGACAUUCAAAUGCUCAUAAAGUAACCAUUUUACUAAAACUUUCUUUGGUUUUAUCCUUUUAUUUUCUGUUCUCACAUAACCAAACUUGCUCCAAGGUUAUCAUUCUCCUUUGAAUAUUUAAUAGUAGUACUGGUGAAAGAAAUAUGAUGUUACAGAAAAUCCAUUACCAUGUUCGUUAUGUUUAUAUUCAUGCAGGUAUUUUUAUCUGAAUGUCAACAACUUAAUCAUAUAUGUAUAAAUUCAUGCACCUGUACAUUGAAGAUUCCAAUUUUCAUGUUAAAUAAAUAUACCUAUCAUAUCCUAUAAA